CAUACCAAGCACUUGGUCUUCGUCCUUGCGCUUGUUCACUCCUUACACCGUGAUGCUGUCGCCACGACCAUCGGCAACAGCACCACCCUUGUUGUCACCAUCACGGCCCACCACGCCGUCUACGACGGAUGGUCUGUUCCCCUGAUCGUCAAAGACCUCUUUGCCAUCCUCUCGGGCCACGUUCCUCGACCUGCGCCGUCGUCGCGACCGUUCCUCCAGUUCCUUGCUGCUGUGGAUCCGCUUGCCACCGAGGUGUACUGGACUGGCUCUCUGACGGCAAUCAAGUCGUCGGAGCGAGGAUUCCUCCCAUCGAUCUCACACCCGAGCGCCACUGAUGGUGCACUGUCAACCGGACCAGCCUUCAAGGAUCUGACUGUGGCGAUUGCACCGUCGCUCACGGACAUUAAGCGUGCGGCCCACGGCUUUGGGGUGACACCGGCGACGAUGGCCAAGGCAGCAUGGGCGAUGGUUCUCCACAAGUUCACACGUGUCGACGAUGUUGUGUUUGGCUGGGUUGUGUCGGGACGCCAGGUGCCAGUGCGUGGCAUCGAGAGAAUGGCCGGUGCCUUCGUCAACACCGUUCCUGCUCCGUUCUCAAUCAACCCAUCGCUGGCCCUUGCCUCGUUCCUCAAGACCACACAUGCAAGCCACAUCGACUCGCUCCCACACUCCCACGUGUCCAUGUCCAACAUCCUCAAGUGGCUCAACAAACAGACCUCGGAUCAGCUGAUGGACAGUCUGUUGGUCUUCCAGAACAACGAAAGUGUCCCGGACACAGUCACCACCGACUCGUUCAGCGUGCGCUGGAUCGACAGGAGCGGCAACAUCUCGGACUAUCCACUCACUGUCGAGGUUGUCUUUGCCAACGACUCGAGCGCCUCGGUCAGUCUUGCGUACAAGGCGACAAUGUUCAGCGACGAGAUCGUGGCCAGCAUCGGCGAGUGUCUGGCCUCCACCAUCGCUCGCAUGUGUGACUCGGCUUCCACGAACCUCAUGCUUGGCGACCUCGUUGGUCUCAGCGAGAGCGAGAUGGCGGCAGUGGUUGCUCUCGGCACCGGCCCAUCCGUCCCUCUCGAUCCAAACACACUCCUCCAACACCGAUUCGAGCACCACGCCGCCACGACGCCAGACAGCAUUGCCAUUGAGUGCGGCGACAACCAGAUCACUUACGGCGAGGCAAACCGACGAGCCAAUGUGCUGGCCCACCAACUGCGGUCGCUCGGGGUCACACGCAAUGUCCCAGUUGCGAUCCUGACCAGUCGGUCGGUCGAGAUGAUCGUGGGUCUGCUUGCGAUCCUCAAAGCCGAUGGCGUGUAUGUGCCAAUCGAUGCAAGCUAUCCGGUUCAUCGAAUCGAGUCGAUGAUUGCCGAUGUCUCGCCGCUUGCCAUCAUCCACACUGUUCCGGCGACGCCACUGGAGGCAAGCAUCAGUGCAAGCAUCCGCCAAGUGUUCAUGAACCAGACCGACGAUGGAUCCCAUGACGGCUCCGCUGCACCACAGUCCACAAACGACGGCACAGCACUGGCGUACAUCCUGUUCACAUCGGGAUCGACAGGAAAGCCAAAGGGUGUGACGAUCACACACGGCGGUGCUGUGAACACCAUCGACCAUGUCUCGCGCGAUAUUGCUGCUGCGGCAGCACACAGCAAACGGUAUCUCCUCUCGUCGGCGAUGACAUUCGACUACAGCAUGAUCCAGAUCUUCCCCUGCUUUGAUGUCGGCGGCUGUCUGGUUGUUCCGCCAGAACUCAACUUUGAUGCCUUCAAGCACUGCGACGUGGCGAUGACGACUCCGUCGCUGAUCAACUCCAUGGGUGCACCAGACGACUACACCAACAUCAGGUUCCUGAUGUCGGCAGGCGAGCGAAUCACCAACUCGACGAUCCAGCUGUGGAGAACGCGAUCGAGGCUGUACAACGGUUACGGUCCGACCGAAACAGCAAUUGUGAUCACCACGAAGCUGUUCAACGACGAUGUUCCGACCAUCGGAAAGCCGAUCCAGAACGGGUUCGUCAUGAUCAUGGACAAGAGCGGCCGACCUGUGCCAGUCGGAGUCGCCGGCGAGCUCUGGAUCGGCGGUGUCGGUGUCUCUCCCGGAUACGUGAGCCGACCCGAUCUCACGGCCGAGCGAUUCACCAUCAAUCCGUUCUUCGACAACAUGAGGAUGUAUCGAUCCGGAGAUCUGGUCCGAUGGACUGCCAACGGCGAGCUCGAGUGCUUUGGCCGAAUUGAUCACCAGGUCAAGAUCCGUGGCAUCCGGAUUGAGCUCGAUGAGAUCACCUCGACCCUCGACACCCACAUGGCACAGGUGUCGGCAUCGUGCGCGACAGUCAAGUCUGACCGCAUCGUUGUGUUUGUGUCUCCCGCCUCGGUCGAUAUCCGAGCGGUUCGCAGCACGAUCGAGAGCCAUCUCCCAGCGCACAUGUGGCCGACGCUGAUUGUACCGCUUGAACAACUGCCAAUCAACAACAACGGCAAGAUCGAUCGACUGGCUCUCGACGCUAUCGAGGUCAGCUUUGAAACGAACGAGACGAUCCAGCCGGCCGAGACCGAGACUGAGAUGCGUCUGGUUGACACUUGGAGCCGUGUACUUGGAGUCGAGGUGGCCAAGAUCGGAACCAACCACACGUUCUUCGAGGCUGGCGGCGACUCUCUCAAAGCGAUCGCAGUUGUAUCCGAGGCACAGAAGGCAGGAAUUGAGUUCUCGGUCAAGGAUCUGUUCGAGCACCCGACCAUCGCCGACCUUGCCUCUGCAAUCGACGGCGAUUCUCUGUCAAAGCCGAAGCUGAAACAACCAUCAGCACUCGUGUCCAAUUCUGAGCUUGCUGCUGUUGAAGCCAGGCUCAAACACUUUGAUAUUGCGGCAGAAGAGGUUGAGAACAUUCUUCCUGCCACUCCCCUGCAGCAAGUGUUGCUUGAGUGGGUCAAAUCGCAACCGCACGCCUUUGGUGCCACAGACGUCUUUGAAGUCCGAAAUGUCUCGCUGGAUCAAAUCACAGACUCCUGGAAGCGGCUCUCUGAUCUCUACGAAACCAUCCGAACCCGUUUCGUCUCGACUGAAUAUGGCGUAUUCCAGGUCAUCUUGUCCCCUGACUCUACACAUUGCGAGAAGCCCAUACUUCUCUCUGAUCCUUCGCUCCUGGAAAACAUCUCCAAGCCGUCGUUCCUGGAAACUCCAGACAGCUCAUACAUCGAGAAUCGUGCAUUCAUGUCCCUCUAUGUGGCUGAAUGCUACGACUCUGAACAAACCCUGAGAGUCGUGAUCACAAAUCACCACGCUAUCUAUGACGGAACAUGUGCCAGCUUCCCUUUCUUGGACUUUUACAAGUUGUUCAGCGGAGAAUCGCCUCAGAAGCGCCCAUCCCAGCGAGGUCUCUUUGAAUAUGUCUCCUCGCUCGACAAGGUCGCCACGGCAAAGUAUUGGCAGGGGCUCCUCCAUGAUCAUGGGGAUUUUGCCCGUAUACCAUCUAUUCAAGUUCCAGGAAUGGAGACGCGGAAACAUCUGCGAUACAUCCCCACAGCCCACGCCAAGCGGUCCCUCGAAACGGAUCUCCAGCAUAUGACAAGCGUAGCCCGAAAGCGCGGAGCAACUAUUGGUGAUCUAGCCCAGGCGGCGUGGGGCCUCACGCUGUCGUCCAUAUGUGGCAAACCAAAGAUUGCAUUCGGAUCGUUGCUGUCGCGGCGCAACGCCCCAGUUCCGAACUUUGACCGCACCAUGGGAGCAUUCACCAACAUCAUCCCCGUGGUCCUCAACUGUGGUCCUGGGUCCUCUGUGGACAACCUGCUUCGAGCCAUCCAAGAUCAACGUGUUCAUUCGUUUGACCAUAUGCAUGUGACAUUCACCGAGCUCACCAGCUAUGCACAAGCAGCGGACAUUGUCGACGUUAUCGAGACCAUGUUGCUGGUGCAAAUUAACCCCGAGAAUAGCUCACUCCAGAGCAUUGCUGUCACUGACGCUCCAGGCGUACCCAACAUCAAGCAUCUCGGAUCCAUACAUCCGGACUAUGAAUGUAUGGAUCAACCUCUGGAAUGCGUCCUCGAGUUUGAAGGCGGACAGCCGACAUUCAAUUUCUACUAUGCUGCAAAGAUUUACGACACCUCCGUUAUUCAGCGCUUGGCCGAUACCUUUGCCUCGCACUUGCUCGACAUCUUCUCUGAUGACAACGUGGCGGACCCAGCCCAGUGUUGAAUCUAUUCCGGGUGGGGAUAACGAUACGGAAGACAUUUGAUUUGCUUUUGUCACGCUGUAGUCUUUGCGCAUGAGAAGGGGGACACCCCGAUUCGAGCCAGGACAGCUGUUCUUUGCUGGAGCCUGAAUACACCUACCUACCCACCCCA